UCCGGCUUCCUCCGGGCUCCACAUCCGGGUCGUCCAAAACUUCCGCUUCGUUCAUUCGCCUCCGAGCCGCUCGGGGAGCCUUGUGAGGCGAGACGUGACGUGACGUGGGAAGGGGGUGCCGCCCGGAGCAGAAUCGGAGCUCCCCGUGCCGUGAGGUUGUUGAGAAUCAAAGAGGCUUAAGUAAAUAAAAGGAUGAAGCUUUACAGUUUAAGUGUCCUUUACAAAGGAGAUCCCAAAGUGCAUUUACUGAAAGCUGCCUAUGAUGUGUCAUCAUUUAGCUUUUUCCAGAGAUCCAGUGUUCAGGAAUUUAUGACCUUCACAAGUCAGCUGAUAGUAGAGCGUUCAGAACCUGGCACCAGAGCUUCUGUAAAGGAGCAAGAGUAUCUCUGCCAUGUUUAUGUGCGGAAUGAUGGAUUGGCUGGAGUGCUGAUUGCAGACAAUGAGUAUCCGUCCCGGGUCUGUUUCACCUUGUUGGAUAAGGUGCUGGAUGAAUUUUCCAGGCAAGUUAAUAGGGUAGACUGGCCUUCUGGAACCCCAGCAACAAUAAACUACACAGCUUUGGAUGGUUACCUUAGUAAAUACCAGAAUCCUCGUGAUGCAGAUGCAAUGACAAAAGUGCAAGCAGAGCUGGAUGAGACCAAAGUCAUUCUGCACAAUACCAUGGAGUCUUUGUUAGAAAGAGGAGAGAAGCUGGAUGACUUGGUGUCCAAAUCAGAAGUUCUUGGAACUCAGUCAAAAGCCUUCUACAAAACUGCCCGCAAGCAGAACUCAUGCUGUGAGAUCAUGUGACCUCCGUCGGCUGGAACCUGCCACCUGCUCUGGACUUCAUUUGCAUUCAGGAGGGCUCCAGGACACAGCAGUGAAAAGAUGCACUCCUACGACUUCCCAUGGCACUCCUUGUUUCCGGAUAUAGCCACCUCAGCCAGGCUGGAUGCACUGAAUAAGGAUAUGAUGUUGCGGUUCAUGAAUUUAAAACAAUCUUUUUUUCUCUUCUUGAAAAAAGGCAUCUUGGGCCUCAAGAUGCUUGUUCUAUGGGGCUGAGGAUAGUCACUGACUUUUUUUCCAUUGGUACCAAAUGGGCUCCCUGCUCUAGCAGUCUGGUGGAUAGCCGCCGUGUGGGGCUCUCUGCCCUGUUUCUUUCUGAAACCUGCAAGCAGAUGUGGACUCACUCUAUAUCUGUUGCAGUAUGUUUACGUAAUGCUAAGAAAACAGUCUGACCAUCUGAAGGUUGCAAGCCGGGACCAAGACUUGGCUUGUCAGUCUCAACACUGCAUCUAGUGGUGACAAUGAGUUUCUCUGUGUGCUAAAAUUUCCCAUGGUAGUUGUGGAAGCAAGGCAGGACUGCAGCCCGUUCAACAAAGGGGCUCCAAGGGAAUGAGCAAAGAAGUUCCCAGGGUGAGCUUGGGCUUGCGAAUCUGCUUGGAAUUAUUUCCUUUUACUCAACCUGUGAGAGUCUUUUGAUAUUGUGACUACAUUUGCCAAGGAGAUAUGCAGUUGAUAGCUCAUUUUCAUACCCAACCCUUAACUGCCACUUGUCAAACAAAAAUGUUUAAGGAGGCUUGUUAUGGCAUCACAAACUGGAAAUCUGAGCUUAUUUGAAGAGGGCUUAUCCAUGGGACUGGUCAGUUUUCUGGUCAGUGGCUUCUGUUGCUUUUGUAAUGUUUCUCCAUAUAAUGUGGAAAAGCUGUUUUUGCAGCCAGCAGCUCCCUUUCACUGGCAAUGUGUUGUGUUAUGGCUGCUGUUAGGCAGUGCCCCUGCCAUGGUAUUAAACCAGCAGCCCUUGUUAAUGACAUUGUGCCGUUGCCCAGUAGUACCACCUGCUGCUUUGCACAAGGAGCUGUGCCAGAGUUCUGUAGUUUGACCUGUCCUAUAGUGGGUGUAAAGUGUUUUAGCCGCUGAAGUUGUGCAUCUUGGUGUCUUGUAAUGUUCUUGGCUGGACCUACAUCCUCCCCACUGGAGAGUUUGUCCCUGCUGGCUAGUUUUGUUUAAAUUCCAGAAAACGUUGAUAAUAAUCUCUUGUCUUUUCUGAGCUCUUAGGCCCAUUCUGUCUUGGGAGGCAGGGAUGCUAUUCUGCAAUUGGAGUUCCACCCUGAUCUUGCCUUUUCUGCACCACAACUGUGGUGGGUGUGUCUGCUCACAGGUGAGAAGCAUCUUUU